CUUUUUCAGACAAAACUAUUUUUUGUGGUUAUAUUAGGUUUAGGUCUCUUACUGUACGUAAUUAUACCGCCGUGAGCUUCUAUGUACGUAGUAAGAGUCUGUGGCAUCCGCUGUUUCCACCAAUCUACUGAAGUAUCUAUCAAGACGAACCAUGAAUUGAAAUACAGUUUCCCCUCGUUUAGGUUUACUCUCUCUAUAUUGAGCCUUAACCCUUUUCUUCCGUAGCUUUUAGCUAUAUAAAAUACCAACACUUCCGAUUUAUGACCCAGUUUCCGUUCCCUCUCUUUCUCACCACUUGAGUAGUUAUUUCAUCGUUUACAAUAUACGAACAUGUACAAAUAGAUAAAUGUCUUUCUCCCGGUAGUGUACACACAUGGUGAAGAAGUGUUUUAAUAAAGCAACAAAUAAUUAUUCUCACAAGAUUGAAUUACGGUUAUUCAAUUUAAUUUGUUCAACACUGGAAAAACUAGGGACCGGCGGAUACAGAACCGAUUACGUUUUAUAUCUUCAAAUUUUUCUGCGAUAUCGAGACAAUAAGGCAGAUCUAUGCAGACGUUUAUUGGAUGCCAGCUUUCGUAUUCACCAGCAUAAGGAUAAUGUAGGGUAGAGUGAAGUAUCACGUGCUGAUAUUAAUAUUCAGAAGAAAACCGUACUAAAGAGAUUUGUUUUUUACAGGUGUGAAAUAUGUUUCGAAAACAUAUUGAUAUUACAUACAGUUAUUUCAUUUAACACAUAACAAAGGGGGUGAACUACUUUAAAACAUGAAUAGUAUGCGUCUUAAUCUAAAGAGAAACCUGUCAAUACAUACAGGAAAGAAGUAUAUGAAAAGUGAUGCAAAUGAUUAUGCAUGGUAUAUUCCAGCAGAAACCAAUGACAAUAUGAGAAUGCUUAAAGUAGAGAAAAGCUUUAAAUGUGACGCUUGUAGUUUUGCAUCUAAUGCAAGCGGAAGUCUGAAAAGACACGUGAGAAUACAUACUGGAGAAAAAUCUUUUAAAUGUAGUAUUUGUGAUUAUGCAAGUAAUCGAAAAGAUAGUCUGAAGACUCAUAUGAGAAAACAUACAGGAGAACACCACUUGAAAUGUAAUGUUUGUGCAUGUCACUAUAGCAUUAAACUGAAGAGGCAUAUGGCAAAACAUACUAGAGAGAAACGCUUUAAAUGCAAUGUUUGUGAUUAUGCAUGUAGUCAGAAGUAUACUCUUAAGAUACAUAUGAGAAAACACACAGGAGAGAAAUGCUUUAAAUGUGAGCUGUGUAAUUAUGCAUGUAACCAUAGACAUAAUUUGCAGAAACAUAUACUGAAACACACUGGAAAUAGAAAUUUCAAAUGUGAUAUUUGUGAUUAUGCAUGUAGUCAGAAGUAUACUCUUAAGAUACAUAUGAGAAAACACACAGGAGAGAAAUGCUUUAAAUGUGGGCUGUGUAAUUAUGCAUGUAACCAUAGACAUAAUUUGCAAAUACAUAUACUGAAACACACUGGAAAUAGAAAUUUCAAAUGUGAUAUUUGUGAUUAUGCAUUUUAUACAAUGAAUGAGCUUAAAGUGCAUAUAAGAACACAUAUAGGAGACAGAUUGUAUAACUGUGAUAUCUGCGGUUCUGCCUUUAAGACAAAAGGUAGUCUGAAGACACACAUUGGAAAGCAUGUAGGAUGAAAGCACUUCAGGUCCACACCGUUCAUCAGAAAUCACAAGUGACAACACAAACUGAAAAUAAAUAUUAUGAAUGUAUUAUUUGUAAUUGUUCGUGUGAUGCAAGAAGCUAUCUGAAGAGACAUGCGGUAGCAUUUAAUACAUAUAGGAGAGAAACGCUUUAAAUGUAGUUAUUGUGAUUAUGCGUUUAAAAUGUCAGAGAUCUGAAGAAGCGUAUGGUAAUACAUACAGGAGAAAAAUGCUUUAAUGUAAUGAUUGUGAACGACGGCAAUCAUCUGAAUAGACAUAUGAAACUAUAUACAGGAGAUAAACGCUUUAUAAAUGAUGUUUGUGAUUAUGCAUGUAAUCAAAAUAUACAUUAAAGAGGCAUGUGAAACAACAUACAUGGGAAGAAGGAAAAACUGGGCAUUUUCUUUCCCGAUCGGGAAAUUUUUCAAUCAAUAUUUCCCGAUCGGGAAAGUGAAAAGGGGAAUCCCCAACUUCCCCAAACGGGAAAGUUCCCCGACUGUAAACUGUUGCUUAUCGCAGAAUCAUAAUAACCAACAAUUAUAUUAGCAGAACACCAAACACUUUUCAUUGCAAUCCUAUUCAUUUAUCUUAUUUCGUUUUCCGGGCCGAAUAUCACCUCCCGGCCCGGCUCUGUUGUGUAUUAACAUCUAGUUCACACACAUAUUCACUGUGAUAAACUAACUUACAUUGCACACGUUCCAUGACUCUAUUUUGAUCUUUUUUUACAAAAUAUGCCCCCUUUUCGACUUGGAAAGUUUUUGUUAAAGUCUUUGUAUCUAAGCUGGUAUCUCAGUAUCCACUAAUGCAUUGUAUCCAACCACUUUCGACAUUGUGCGCUCUGAGGUGUCUCACUGCAAGUCAAUUGAACAUGAACAGCGUUAAAACGAGAAGGUUUGGGUGGGUCAAUUGUAGAACCGGGAGUAGCACUUUCAAAUAGGUUUCGAAUCAUAUGCAUGAUAUUAACACAAUAUAUUGAAUUAAAAAGCUCACGCCCUGA